GCUUGACGUCAUCGGCGGGCGCCGCAGCGCGGUGGCGGGCACGCGCAGCCGAGAAGAUGUCUCCGACGCCGCCGCUCUUCAGUUUGCCUGAAGCGCGGACGCGGUUUACGUUCCCAGGUGAUGCCACUUCUGCUGUUAGUAAUAAGCAUCUACAACAGCCCCCUUAUUUAAGAGGAAAUUGAAGCACAAGAGAUAAGGAGAUAUGCCCAAGAUUAUACAGUCUACUCUUGGCAGAGUCAGGAAUGGACAUUUCCAGUAAGUCUACCAGAGAGGCCCUGAACAACAAAAAUAUUAAGCCAUUAUUGAGUACCUUCAGCCAAUUACCUGGCAGUGAAAAUGAAAAAAAAUGUACCCUUGACCAAGCUUUCAGAGGUGUUCUAGAAGAAGAAAUUAUAAAUCACUCAUCAUGUGAAAACGUUUUAGCUAUUAUUUCUCUUGCUAUUGGGGGAGUAACUGAAGGUAUUUGUACCGCAUCUACACCUUUUGUAUUGUUGGGAGAUGUUUUGGAUUGUCUUCCUUUGGAUCAGUGUGACACAAUAUUCACUUUUGUGGAAAAAAAUGUUGCUACUUGGAAAUCAAACACAUUCUAUUCUGCUGGGAAAAAUUAUUUACUACGCAUGUGCAAUGAUCUCCUUAGAAGAUUAUCAAAAUCCCAGAAUACAGUCUUCUGUGGACGAAUUCAGCUCUUUUUGGCCAGGCUUUUCCCUUUAUCUGAGAAAUCAGGUCUUAACUUGCAGAGUCAAUUUAAUUUGGAAAAUGUCACUGUUUUCAAUACCAAUGAGCAGGAAAGCACCCUGGGUCAGAAGCACACUGAGGAUAGAGAAGAAGGAAUGGAUGUAGAAGAAGGUGAAAUGGGAGAUGAUGAAGCUCCAACAACUUGCUCCAUUCCAAUUGAUUACAACCUGUAUCGAAAAUUCUGGUCACUUCAGGAUUACUUCAGGAACCCUGUGCAAUGCUAUGAGAAGAUUUCAUGGAAAACUUUUCUUAAGUAUUCUGAAGAAGUUCUAGCUGUUUUUAAAAGUUACAAAUUAGAUGAUACUCAGGCCUCCAGGAAAAAGAUGGAAGAAUUAAAAACAGGAGGAGAACAUGUAUAUUUUGCAAAAUUUUUAACAAGUGAAAAGUUGAUGGAUUUACAACUGAGUGACAGUAACUUCCGUCGACACAUCCUGUUGCAGUAUCUCAUUUUAUUCCAGUAUCUCAAGGGGCAGGUCAAAUUCAAAAGUUCAAACUAUGUUUUAACUGAUGAGCAAUCACUCUGGAUUGAAGAUACUACAAAAUCAGUUUAUCAACUACUAUCUGAAAACCCCCCCGAUGGAGAAAGAUUUUCAAAGAUGGUAGAGCAUAUAUUAAACACUGAAGAAAACUGGAACUCAUGGAAAAAUGAAGGCUGCCCAAGUUUUGUGAAAGAAAGAACAUCAGACACCAAGCCAACAAGAGUAGCUCGCAAGAGAACAGCACCAGAGGACUUCCUAGGGAAAGGACCCAACAAAAAGAUUCUGAUGGGAAAUGAGGAGUUAACAAGGCUUUGGAAUCUCUGUCCUGAUAAUAUGGAAGCUUGCAAAUCAGAGACAAGGGAAUACAUGCCAACUUUGGAGGAAUUCUUUGAAGAAGCCAUUGAACAGGCAGACCCUGAAAACAUGGUUGAAAAUGAAUACAAGGCUGUGAACAAUUCAAAUUACGGUUGGCGAGCCCUGAGACUAUUAGCACGGAGAAGCCCUCACUUCUUCCAGCCAACCAACCAGCAAUUUAAAAGUUUGCCAGAAUAUCUCGAAAACAUGGUAAUAAAGCUAGCAAAGGAACUACCACCUCCUUCUGAAGAAAUAAAAACAGGUGAGGAUGAAGAUGAGGAAGAUAAUGAUGCUUUACUGAAGGAAAAUGAAAGCCCUGAUGUUCGACGAGACAAACCUGUAACAGGGGAACAAAUAGAGGUGUUUGCCAGUAAACUGGGCGAGCAAUGGAAGAUCCUGGCCCCCUACUUAGAAAUGAAAGACUCGGAAAUUAGACAAAUUGAGUGUGAUAGCGAAGACAUGAAGAUGAGAGCUAAGCAGCUACUGGUCGCCUGGCAAGAUCAAGAGGGAGUACAUGCAACACCUGAGAAUCUGAUGAACGCACUGAAUAAGUCUGGAUUAAGUGACCUUGCAGAAAGUCUAACUAAUGACAAUGAGACAAAUAGUUAGCUUCUUUCUUUCCUUUUUUUUUUUUUAUUAAAACUGUGAUAAGAUUUUGUUACCAAGCAGCAUUUGAUAAGAGGUCCAGUGGUUUUGGUAAACAAUAAACAUUUUUAUAACAGUUGUUGUACAGCUGGCUGGUGCUCUAGGAAGAACAGAAAGAAUAUUGGCUCUUGAUAACUGACCUCAGGGUUUCAGGAGAAGGGGGUGGUUGGGAAAAUGGCCAAAAUAAAGUGACUUCAAGGUCACAUAUUUUUGUUAAAAUAUUUAUAAUGAAGUCAGUAAGCAAUAUUUAGGGAGCAUGGCAUUUCCUAAGAUAAGCUAUGCCAACUUCGUUUCCUACAUGCCAUUAGUAGUUACAAAGUUUAACUUGCUAUUCUGAAAAUCCCAGAAUGACUUUCUGAAACCAUAUGACUGCUCUAGUCUGUCUUAUGUUUUAAAGCAGAGGAUCAGCAAACAGUGGUCCAUUUCUCACCCGUUUUUACAAGUAAAAUUUUAUCAGCACACAGCUCUGCUGGUUUAAGUAUCUUCUAUGCCUUUCUUGCUACAACAGCAGUGUUAAGUAGUUGUGACAAAGACUAUGGCCUGCGAAACUUAAAAUAUUUACUGUCCAUCCCACCCAUCACAGAAAGUGUUUGCCAGCCCCCAACUUUAAAAGAAAUAGGGUGAAGUUGAAAACCUAGUCCUUUUAGCCUUACAAAAAAAUUUAAAAUCCUACGUCCUUAAAAUAGGGAUGCAUACUUCUAGGAGUGAUGUGAAAUUCGAGAUGUAGGUGAAAGCAAUCUGUAAACAGCAAAGCACUAUGGAGACAGUACCAUCUACUUUUCCCAUUCCCACAUAAGCAUUAUUAGCCUUUAGGGCUCUAACAUUAGGUCAUCAUUGUUUGUUUUGUAUCCUGAAAGGCUACUAUGUGCAUAUUAUACCUAAGUGCAUGUUACACCAUAAUAAUUGUUCUUGCUUGGCCUUAACUUCACGGGCUACUCUCAACAGUGAUACACCACAGCUCUAAUAUCAAAAGGGCCUCAGUGCUCAUGGCACAGCAUGUAAGGCACAUUCAGGAAUCAAGACAUUUUCUUGACCACUCUCCUUUCUCAAAGACCUUAUAAUAAACAAGGCUGAAAUCUAAAACAGCCUUAUUAGAGUAUAAGUCCAAUUUCUUAUACUUAGAAAAAUCUUUGGAAUAAUGCUUAUUUGGAUCAAAUAAAAUGAAAUCAAUUUUUAUAAUUAAGGAAUUACAAUUUUAAAAUUCUAACCAUACAAGACAUACUUUGUUCUACCUACCUCAUCUGAUCUGCUAGCUAUAGCAUCCUGCAAAUCAGAAAUCAGAAUUCUAAUUGCUAAAUUUAUGUCCUCAAAAUUGUUAAGACCAUGAAUAAAAAUGCAGAGUCACAAGCAUCAUAGCAAUAUCUAAGAAUCAUUACACUUAUGGUCUCCUCCUCCCCAUUCUAUUCUGCACCCUCCCCCAAGGCAAAGGGAGUAAUGACUGGCAGUAAUUACCAUUUAGCUGAAGAAACGAUUUACAAAUAAGUUUCCCUGAAAUGCUUAUUUUAUCCCCAGCAUUCUCAGAUUUUAUCACAUUGUUCAAAGUUGAGAGGAAAAUGGCCAUUAUUCUCUAGGAAUCUAAUACAGCAUAAGUAAAGAUAGGAGAUUUCAUGAUAAUCCCCCAAACUUCAUUUUAUAUACCUAACUCAAAAUCAGACAAAUGAGCUAAUUUCCUAUCCUCUAAGUGUCUAGCAAUCAAGGCUCUUGAAACAAAGAUGAGGAAUUAAUUAGAACGUAUUACAAUGUAAGAUACCUACCACACUGAAACACCUCUUACUCUUGGUACUUUUACCAUCACUUUAAAAAUCAUUGCUAUUAUUCAAUUCUGAGAUAGCCAUUAAGAUUUUGGGAAUAGAGGAGAGUAAAAGCAUCAGCUGAGCCAAAGACAGACCAAUAAACAUCAUGCAUUCAGCAUCCAAAGAACUCCGUUAGUUUUACAACUUUAUAUAUUUCUUUUAAACACAACAAUGUGAGAAGGCAGAAGAGGUAACAUUUUUAAAUGGAUGCUUAACAACAGAGUAAACUAACCACCUGCAGCAACUGCGUGAUAUUAAGUAUUCCUAAACUUAACCCAAGCUCCAACACUCAGUAGACAAAAGACUUGAGGUCAGAAGCUGUACGUCCCUCUUUUUUUUAUUAAAUAUCCUCACGUUCUAAAAAUAAGCAACCAGAGCUUGUCAACUUUUUUAAGGUUGAUUACUACAAAACCAUUGCAAAGUUAAAUAUACAAACCAUAGUACAUCAGAGAGACACAAUAAUGAAUGUAUAAUCAAAUGUACUAUUACUGAUCACAAUUUAUUUUAAAGUCAUGAAAAGCCAGCAACAGUCAGGCUGGACAAAUACUUGAUUGUACCCAUGUUUCCAUGGGAUGUGGGCAGCAGCACUGAGUAACACAA